CUCAAGAGAGGCCCUCUUUGGCCUUUUCAUCCUCUCUUUUUCGUUCCUCUCCUCCACAAUUCUCUCGAGCGAAGAGGAAACCAACAAUGGUUCGUGCAUCAGAGCAAGAGCAGGAGGGGUAUAGAAGCAGGCUCUUCAAUUUCAAAUGGCGGAACAAUGACAACAAUGCAGGAAAACAUGCCAAGAGUCUCAGCGCCGAAACCGAUGAAAGAGCGCUUCUCCAAGCUGUUGCUGGGGGAGGAUAAUUCCGGUGGAGGCAAAGGAGUCUCGUCUGCUCUCGCCCUCUCAAACGCAAUCACAAACGUUGCAGCUUCCGUGUUCGGAGAGCAACGGCGUUUGGAGCCAAUGCCUGCAGAGAGAAGAGCAAGAUGGAGAAGAGAGAUUGAUUGGCUUCUCUCCGUGACUGACUACGUCGUUGAGUUUGCUCCAUCGCAGCAAAAAAACAAAGAUGGAACCAAUAUGGAGAUAAUGACCACACGCCAACGCACUGACCUCCACAUGAACAUUCCCGCCUUGAAGAAGCUGGACGCUAUGCUUAUCGAUUGUCUAGAAAAUUUCAAGGACCAAAGCGAGUUCAGCUACGUUUCAAAAGACUCGUCUGACUCAGAUGACGCAAACGCUAAAAAAAAUGACGACAAAUGGUGGAUUCCGACAGUAAAAGUUCCGCCAGAUGGUCUAUCAGAAGCCUCUCGAAGGUUCUUGCAGUACCAGAAAGAUUGUGUAAACCAGGUUCUCAAGGCAGCCAUGGCCAUAAACGCGCAGGUUUUGUUCGAGAUGGAGAUCCCUGAGAGCUACAUCGACUCUCUCCCCAAGAACGGGAGGGCGAGUCUUGGAGAUCAGAUGUACAGGAAUAUAACAGUGGACUUCUUCGACCCAGACCAGUUCCUGAGCACCAUGGACAUGUCAUCCGAGCAUAAGAUUGUCGACCUCAAAAACAGAAUUGAGGCGUCAAUAGUCAUCUGGAAACGCAAAAUGGUUCAGAAGGACAGUAAAUCAUCCGCCCCCUGGGCCUCCGGCGUCAGUCUCGAGAAGCGAGAGGUCUUCGAAGACCGAGCUGAGACUAUUUUGCUCAUCCUCAAGCAAAGACACCCUGGGAUUUCUCAGUCUUCUCUCGACAUCAGCAAGAUCCAAUUCAACAAGGAUGUGGGUCAGGCAGUGUUAGAGAGCUAUUCGAGAAUACUAGAGAGCUUGGCGUACACUGUGCUAUCAAGAAUCGAUGAUGUUCUAGAGGCAGAUCGAGCAGGGAACAAGAAGAGCACGCCGAGGGAAUCAGAGGAAGAGACGCUGGUGGGUAGCAUGACGUUGUCGGACUUCAUGGGAUGGGAUUUCGAUCAAGGAAACGGUGACUUGGAGUCGAAGAAGGAUACGAUGAAUGAUCAAUUGGUGAAGGAGAAGAUAAGCGUCGUCACCACCAAGAAGACAUCAUACCUCGAAACCCUAGGUGGCGUCAAGAGUCCAACGGCGCGGCAU